CUCGGUGGGCAGACGUUGCACUCCUUCACCAGCAUCAGCCCGGGAAUGCCCAAUGACCCCAAGGUCAUCAGCCAGUACAUCCGGCAGUCGCCCUGGCGCAUGAACAAAUAUGCCAACACCAACAUCUUGAUCAUGGACGAGUCGUCUAUGGUCGACCCCAUGUACUUUAAUCUCUUUCAGCAAGUCUUCUCGACGCUCCACAACAAGCGCCGCGGCUCACGCCAGCGCAGCGACUCCCACAAGCCCUUCUCUUCGCUCCAGAUCAUCAUCACUGGCGACUUUUUCCAGCUUCCGCCCAUAAACCAGCCUUUCGCGACGGCCAAGGACGAUCGGAAGCUGGACGAACUGCGGACGCUCAUGAACAAGAACACCUUUGCCAAGACCGACAAGCCCAUUAUCACGUACUUGUUUGACUCGCCGGCUUGGAAACUGAUGCGGGUGGGGCAAAAGGACGGACUGCAAGUUCGCUACCUGACGCAAGUCUUUCGCCAGAGCGACAUGAGCUUUGUCGCGGCUUUGGAUCGCCUGCGGAUGGGAACGUGCGAUGACGAGACCUGGAAGCUACUCUCGCAGUGCUCAAGGCCAUUGACGGCCCCCAUAGCGAUCAGCGACAAUGGAAGCUUGAGCAUGUCGGCCGACAUUGCCCCGACCCCGGUCAGCUCAGAAUUGCCGCCGCUGCCGCCGCUCGAAGAAAUCGCACGCACCCUCAGUUCAAUGUAUGUCGACAAACACGUCAGGCUCAAGCGGGGAGCGCAAGUGAUUCUCAUCAAGAACCUCAACGUCCGGAAGGGCCUGGUCAACGGCUCGCGCGGCGUCAUCACCGGGUUU